GCUUCGGCGGUGGCUUGGGAUACGGCGGAAAGGGCUACGGAAGGGGACUCGGCGGCUAUGGCGCCGGAUUCGGCGGUUACGGCGGCAAGGGUUACGGCGGACUCGGCUAUGGCGCUGGACUCGGCGGUUACGGCAAGGGUUACGGCGGACUCGGCUAUGCCGGAGGAUUCGACGGAGGACUCGGCUACGGAAAGGGAUACGGUGCUGGUCUCGGUUACGGCAAGGGAUACGGAGCCGGUCUCGGUUAUGGCAAAGGAUUCGGCGGAGCCGGGCUCGGAUACGGCAAAGGAUUCGGCGGAGCCGGUCUCGGAUACGGCAAAGGAUUCGGCGGAGCUGGUCUCGGAUACGGCAAGGGAUUCGGCGGAGCCGGGCUCGGAUACGGCAAGGGAUUCGGCGGAGCCGGGCUCGGAUACGGCAAGGGAUUCGGCGGAGCCGGUCUCGGAUACGGCAAGGGAUUCGGCGGAGCCGGUCUCGGUGGUUUGGGAGGCCUCAAGGGCGGUCUUGGCGGAUACGGUGCUGGCUUUGGCGGACUUGGAUUUGGAAAGGGUAUUGGAUACAAGGGAUAUUAAACAGAAGUUGCCUCUAGCUUCUUUUAUUUUUCUUUUGCCCUAUGUUGUGACGUAGCCUUUAGCUGCAACCAAAUAAAUCUCAUGUUUCUACGGUAAA